CUUCCCUGCCUAUGCCCUCGUGAGGUGGGCAGUGUAAUAUUCCUUCUCUUUUCUCCAUCAAGAGAAUCCAAAACCAUCUAUCAAAAUGGUGAAUUUCACCGUAGACCAGAUCCGUGCCAUCAUGGACAAAAAGGCCAACAUCCGUAACAUGUCUGUGAUUGCGCACGUAGACCAUGGAAAGUCGACUCUGACAGACUCCCUGGUGUCCAAGGCUGGCAUCAUUGCCUCAGCUCGUGCUGGAGAGACGCGUUUCACAGACACGCGUAAAGAUGAACAAGAACGUUGCAUCACCAUCAAGUCUACGGCAAUCUCCUUGUACUAUGAAUUGGCUGAAAACGACUUGGCCUUCAUCAAGCAGAGCAAGGAUGGUGCUGGUUUCUUGAUCAACCUGAUCGAUUCACCAGGGCACGUGGACUUCUCCUCUGAAGUGACUGCUGCUCUCCGUGUUACUGAUGGAGCUCUUGUUGUAGUCGACUGCGUGUCUGGGGUCUGUGUGCAGACAGAAACUGUGCUGCGCCAAGCCAUCUGUGAGCGCAUCAAGCCAGUCCUGAUGAUGAACAAAAUGGACCGUGCCUUGUUGGAGUUGCAGUUGGAGCCCGAGGACCUGUACCAGACUUUCCAGCGUAUCGUUGAGUCAGUCAACGUAAUCAUCUCCACUUAUGGUGAGGAUGAAACUGGACCAAUGGGUAACAUCAUGGUUGAUCCAGUCAUUGGUACUGUUGGCUUUGGCUCUGGACUCCACGGUUGGGCUUUCACUCUGAAGCAGUUUGCUGAAAUGUAUGCAGCUAAGUUUGCUGCCAAAGGAAACACCCAGAUGACACCAGCUGAGCGCUGCAAAAAGGUGGAAGACAUGAUGAAGAAGCUGUGGGGUGAUAGGUACUAUGAUACUGAAAAUGGAAAGUUUGUGAAGACCGCUAUUGGUGCUGAUGGCAAGAAGUUCUCUCGCACCUUCUGCGCUCUUGUUCUGGACCCUAUUUUCAAGGUGUUUGAUGCCAUCAUGAACUUCAGGAAGGAGGAAGCUGCCAAGCUGAUCCAGAAGAUGGACAUCAAGCUGGAUGUUGAGGACAAGGAGAAAGAGGGUAAACCCCUCCUUAAGGCUGUGAUGCGCCGCUGGCUGCCUGCUGGAGAAGCCCUUCUGCAGAUGAUCACCAUUCACCUCCCCUCGCCUGUCACUGCCCAGAAGUAUCGUUGUGAGCUGCUCUAUGAAGGACCUGGAGAUGAUGAGGCUGCCAUGGGUAUCAAGAACUGUGACCCCAAGGCCCCCCUCAUGAUGUACAUCUCAAAGAUGGUUCCUACCAGUGACAAGGGUCGCUUCUAUGCAUUCGGUCGUGUGUUCUCUGGAUCUGUGUCUACUGGCCUCAAAGUUCGCAUCAUGGGACCAAACUUUGUCCCUGGAAAGAAAGAGGAUCUUUACUUGAAACCUAUUCAGAGGACCAUUUUGAUGAUGGGUCGUUACGUUGAGCCCAUUGAAGAUGUGCCUUGUGGCAACAUUGUGGGUUUGGUUGGAGUGGACCAGUUCCUCGUCAAGACCGGAACAAUCACUACCUUUGAGCAGGCGCACAAUAUGAGAGUGAUGAAGUUCAGUGUCAGCCCUGUGGUGAGAGUUGCUGUGGAGGCCAAGAACCCUGCAGAUCUGCCCAAGCUGGUGGAGGGACUGAAGCGUCUCUCAAAGUCCGAUCCUAUGGUUCAAUGCAUCAUUGAAGAGUCUGGAGAGCACAUCGUUGCAGGAGCUGGAGAGCUGCAUCUGGAGAUCUGUCUGAAAGAUUUGGAGGAGGACCAUGCUUGCAUUCCAAUCAAGAAAUCUGAUCCUGUGGUGUCCUACAGAGAAACAGUCAGCGAAGAGUCAAACGUGUUGUGUUUGUCAAAGUCUCCGAACAAACACAACCGUCUGUUCAUGAAGGCCCGUCCCUUCGAAGAGGGUCUGGCAGAAGACAUCGAGAAGGGUGACGUCACCAAUCGACAGGAGCUCAAGGCCCGUGCCCGUUACCUUGCUGACAAGUAUGAGUGGGAUGUCGGUGAGGCCAGGAAGAUCUGGUGUUUCGGCCCUGAUGGAACUGGACCCAACUUGCUGGUGGAUGUUACCAAAGGAGUGCAGUACCUUAAUGAGAUCAAGGAUAGUGUUGUGGCCGGUUUCCAGUGGGCAGCCAAGGAGGGAGUCCUCUGUGAGGAGAACAUGCGUGCCAUUCGCUUUGACAUCCAUGAUGUGACCCUGCAUACAGAUGCUAUUCACCGUGGUGGUGGUCAGAUCAUCCCCACAGCCCGUAGAGCUCUGUAUGCCUGUCAGCUGACGGCAGAGCCAAGAAUGAUGGAGCCAGUCUAUCUGGUGGAGAUCCAGUGCCCUGAAACGGCAAUGGGUGGAAUCUAUGGUGUGUUGACCAGGAGACGUGGUCAUGUGUUUGAAGAGUCCAGGGUCUUGGGGACACCCAUGUAUGUCAUCAAGGCCUACCUGCCUGUCAUGGAGUCAUUUGGCUUCACAGCUGACCUUCGUUCGAACACUGGUGGCCAGGCUUUCCCACAGUGCGUGUUUGACCAUUGGCAGAUCCUCCCUGGAAACCCAAUGGAGCCUACAUCCAAACCUGGCAUAGUUGUCCUUGAGACACGUAAACGCAAGGGUCUCAAAGAAGGUGUUCCAGCCCUGGACAGCUACCUGGACAAAUUGUAAAAGCCUGGAGCCCACGUGGCUCUCUCUCUCUUGUCUCAUUCCUCCCUACCCAACAAAUUUUAAAUCUGUGGGACCGGACUGUACAGAACACAGUAGGCACCAAUGUUUGCCAAAGGAUCGAUGAUGAUGAUAAUAAAAGAAAUGACCACAAAAAUUGUAAACGAUAAAUAAAA